ACACAGGAAAUCGAUGUUUGAUAAUUGCUCAACAAAAAUGAAGCAGUCGCAGAUGUCCCUAUUCUUGUAUAUUUUUUGCAUUACGUUGAAGAUUGUGAUUUGUUCCAUUAAGAACUGUAUCGGAUAUGCUCAGAGUGGAAAAUGUAAAGAAUGCCUCCCUGGGUUCGUAGGAGAACAUUGCUCACACACUUGUAGGUACCCAAGUUAUGGCAAGGGAUGUCAACAUGUCUGCGAAUGUGAUCAAUCAGUCUGUCACGUGGUCUCAGGCUGUUCGAAAGUUUCAGAAUGUCAACCCGGUUAUUUUGGAGUUAACUGCGUCUAUGAAUGCAGAUAUCCAAGUUAUGGUGUCAAUUGCCAGUUAUUUUGUUUAUGUGAAGAACAGUUCUGUGACAGGAAAACCGGAUGCACACAUAUUUCAACAUAUUACAAGAACACGACUGGAGAAACCACUACAGUGGCUCAAAAUAUGACAACCGUUAGGCACACAUCAUUUCAAUCUACUUCUUCUAAGGUUAAAAGAGGCACACAGAGUAUUACAAACUUCAUAUAUUCUACCAGUAAUCCGAAUCAAAGAUUCACCGCACCCACGCCAUUUAUGAAUAUAACAAUCUUCAAAUCUUACAAUUCUUCUUCACAUCCAACUGCCUCCUCGGAUAUUUUCAGUAAUAAACGAUUCCAAAGCAAUUUAACUGAUCAAUUACUUAUUAAUGACCCGGUUUACCAAAUUCUCGCGAUAGGAUUAAUUGUAUUUUUAACGGUAGCGGCUAUUUAUGCAAUAAACAAAUAUCGGAAAAGAAGAGGACUUAUUUCAAAUGAUAUUUUAAGGAAUCAAAAUGUCCCUGUAUAUUACGAACCAAUACAAGCACUUGCAUAUGAUAAAAAUUUAAUUCAAAUCUCUGUCCCUGAGUCAAGCACAAUGUCCGAAAACGAAGAUCAACAAACUGAGGCAAAUCCGUACGAAACCAUUGAAAACGAUGAGGAAGAUUCAUUGAAUUCAGAGUUAGACACACAUCCUCUGCAGAAGGAUCAGACAUCAUCAUUUAGUUUGCCUAGAUGUGUGCAUCCUAGUAGAGAAAUUGAUGGAAACACUGACUCUGAUGGUUAUCAGUGCCCUGUUCCUCCUGAAAGAGGACGUGAAAGAAGACUACAUGAUGAUAACAACGAAUAUUUAACAGUAGUUUAAAUGGUUUCUACGAAAAUAUAUACAGUGCACAGUUUUGUUCUCUUUUAAAACUAUAUUGUGCAUGGUUUAUAAAUUAAAAGAAAACAUUUUAAUUUUUUUAUACAAUUGAUUGAAGUGUCUUAACUUUACAAAGUAA